GAAACGCACAUUUGGAAGACAGCGCAAGUGCGACUGAUAGUGACUUCUCUUAAUCAUCUGUCUGCGGAAAUGAGUUUUGUCUCAGGCAAACCAAUUUCAAUUUCAUAUCAGUUUUUUCUGCGUUAGUACGCACGUCCUGCCUACAGAUCACCGUAAAACGUUGUCGCGCUCGGAAAUGAACAAGUCGUGAAUAGAAGCGGCCCCCGAAACGGUGCAAAAAUGGCUAGCUUAGCUUUUGGGGUGUUGAGCGUCCUGCUUUCCAUUCUGUUCGCCCCCUUUAUGAUGCUGCUGCUCUCAAUUAUCUUCCUGGCCUCCAUUGGACAGUCCCUGGGCGUCCGACGGUUCUACGUGAAAGUUCUGCUGAUGAUCUUUGAGUAUGGCAGAAAAGACAUUGAAUCCGCCCAAAUCGAGCGCAGGAAGCUCAAAACCGAUCCGGAAUCAGAAGACGAGGGUUACAGCGAAGAGUCGUCGCCCUUGGAGCCGCCCUUUCUGGGCACUCACACCACGCCUCAGAAGGAACCUCGCGCUGAUCCUCUGAGCAAUGGUCACGUGUCCAAUGGAGGAAACAAUCUCAUCAGCCGAGAAGAUCGGCAUAUAUUGCUGCCUGAAGCCGUAACCUCGCCGCUGCUAGACCAGAAGAAAAUGGAGGACAAACUCAGUGAUGACGAGUUCAAGGAGGGCAAGGAAAAAGUUCUGAACUUCCAAUUGAACACCAUUCUGGAUUACACCAAGGCUGGCAUGGAGGCCAUCAUUGAGGAUCAAGUGACGUCGCGCUUCGAGGCCGAAGAGCUGAAGAACUGGAAUCUGCUGAUUCGAACCAAUCGGGGAUAUGAGUUCAUCUCGUGGAAGCUGACCUUUAUAUGGAUGUGUGGCUUUUUCGUGCGCUAUUUUCUCCUGUUCCCACUGAGGGUGACCAUCUGCUUCUGCGGGGUGUUGUGGCUGACAAUCUGCACAGCGCUGGUCGGUUACAUUCCGCAGCGCGAUUUCCGACGCUUGGUCAACAAAUACGUCUCUAUCAUGUGCUUCGGCAUCUUAUCACGUGCCAUCUCCUCGGUAGUCACUUAUCACAACGUCGAGAACAAGCCCAAGGAGGGUGGAAUCUGCGUGGCCAAUCACACUUCCCCUAUUGACGUCCUAAUUCUCAUGUGCGAUGGCUGCUAUUCUUUGAUUGGUCAGAGACACGGCGGCUUUCUUGGCCUGCUUCAGAGGGCGCUAGCCAGGGCUUCGCCCCACAUAUGGUUCGAACGUUCCGAAGCUCGCGAUAAGAAGUUCGUCCUGCAACGGUUAAUCGCGCACACUUCUGAUCCGAAGAACCCACCCAUUCUGAUCUUUCCUGAGGGCACCUGCAUCAACAACACGUCAGUCAUGCAGUUCAAGAAGGGCAGCUUCGAGGUGGGCAGCGUGAUUUACCCGGUUGCCAUCAAGUACGAUCCUCGGUUUGGCGACGCUUUCUGGAACUCAAACAAGUACUCAAUGUUGCAGUACUUGUACAUGAUGAUGACCAGUUGGGCGAUCGUGUGCGAUGUGUGGUACCUGCCGCCGAUGCAUCAGAAGGAGGACGAAAGCUCCAUAGACUUUGCGAAUCGGGUGAAAAGUGCCAUUGCGAAGCAGGGCGGGUUGGUCGAUUUAGUUUGGGACGGUCAAUUAAAGCGCUCCAAGCCGAAGAAGGAGUGGAAAGAGCGACAGCAGGAAGAAUUCACCAAGCGGCUCCAGGCCGAGUAACUUGGGAGCGUAUAGAGACUGGCGUCAGACUUGGGGCGCAAAACCAGACAGCUCUAGUCAUCGAGAAUGAUUCUUUAGGGUUCUUUUGUGAUAAAGCGAUCGGUUUAGUUAGUUUAAUGAUAUCGCAUCGCAUCCUGCAACUACAUCAACAGACGCUAAUCGAUGUGUAAAUGUAAUGUAGGUUAGGCAGCAGCUGAACAAACGGCUUUCAAGCGCUAUCACUCAAUGUUGCCCCCUCACUCACUAGUGGAGUUCUCGGACGCAACGGACAAUAAGAUGUGAGACGCAUGAAAUUGAGACUGUUCGGAAGAAAGCAUUUAUUUUUUCUUUAUAGUAUAGACAAAGGGCCGCUCAUCGGCCUUUAGUCGCAUACUUCCAAUUUUUCAAGCCCUGUAUAUAGUGGUUAAGGUUUUUUGUAUUGAAACGCACACUGAUUGAUUAAAAGAGCGAUACGUAAUUUGAA